CUCUGAUAGUAUAUAUACACACACACGCAUACGUAUGGUGUUAAAAACUAUAGAAAAAGAAGAGCUUUACACCAUUGAAAUCAAUGGCGACAGUACAGCAGCAACAACAAGAACAAGAACAACAGAUCAAAUCAACGGAGAAGAGAAAACCAGUGUUUGUGAAAGUGGACCAUUUAAAGCCAGGUACCAAAGGCCAUACCUUAAUCGCUAAGGUCUUAUCUUCAAACAUGGUCCUUCAAAAAGGUCGAGCUGCUUCUCAACAUCUCCGUCAAACCCGAAUCGCAGAAUGCCUUAUCGGUGAUGAAACCGGCACUGUCCUCUUCACUGCUCGUAAUGAUCAAGUUGAGUUGAUGAAGCCAGGUAAUACCGUAAUUCUUCGUAAUGCAAAGAUAGAUAUGUUUAAAGGUUCAAUGAGGCUAGCUGUUGACAAAUGGGGUCGUAUCGAGGUCACCGAACCUGCUAACUUCAUCGUUAAAGAAGACAACAAUCUCUCCCUUGUCGAGUACGAGUUGGUUAACGUUGUCGAAGAAGUAGAGGCUGGUAUGAACACCAAUGACUAGAUCCCAAUCAAGUUGUUACGAAGUUGGCCUAAUGAUUCUUUUUUCUCAUAAUGUCGGUACGGAAAACAAGGUUUUCAUUGCGAAAAAGUGUCGGGUUUCGGUAUACAAAUCUUGCUUUGAUUUGCUAGUCUUUAUGCCAUUGUAUUUAUGAAGAAUACUAUUUCUCUUAUCUUGUGGUUAAAUUGCAUAGUUUUCAAUUCAUAUAUGUCCAUACCUUAGUGUUUUAUAUCGGCGGCGAAACGGAUUAGCGAUUAUGAUCAGUACUCCCAAGAUCAUUGCUUUGGAUACGUCGUAUACAUCGAGAUGUUCUCGGUUUAUUGUAAUUAUCCCGUGAUGCGAAGUUUGGUCUAGUUUCGGGAAUAGGUAUUUGUUUUACAUAUUUGUAUUGGACAUCCAUGCAAAAGGCCGUUCAUGUUGGAUUGCCGAAGUGUUCAUAUUUGAAUGAUUGGGGCAA